AAGUCAUCUUGAGACCGGUUUAAAUCGGGCCCCCGAAGAAGAUAUUAUUAUAUGGCUCACGCUCUAUCAUCCGCCCUCCCAGUGCUUCGAUCUUCCUGUUCCACAUCCAUGGCCGCUUCCUCCUCAGCUCUGCUUCUUCCCUCAGGUCCAUGCCUUUUCAAGAGAUUGUGGUGUAAUCUUCAUAUUAAACCUCCUAAAGUUCAUUGCUUAGAUUUGGACCUCGGACAGAGAAUAAGAAUGGAAAUGAAUGAGGAUAUUACCUUGUCACGGCGGAGUGCAAUUGGGUCAAUGUUUGCUUUGACUACUUUUGGAUUAAUCAGUGCAAACUCCUACGGAGCUGGAUUGCCUGGGGAGGAAAAGCCAAGAUUGUGUGAUGAUGAAUGUGAAAAGGAGCUUGAAAAUGUACCUAUGGUGACUACAGAAUCUGGUCUUCAAUACAAGGAUAUCAAAAUUGGUGAAGGUCCGAGCCCACCCAUUGGUUUUCAGGUGUCUCUUCCAUUCUUUUGUUCCAGCUCCUUGGAGAAAGGCAUACCCUAUAUUUUCCGUGUGGGAGCUGGACAGGUGAUCAAGGGACUCGAUGAAGGAAUAUUGGGAAUGAAAGUUGGAGGAAAACGUCGACUUUAUAUUCCGGGGCCUUUAGCAUUCCCCAAGGGCCUAAAUUCAGCACCAGGAAGGCCAAGAGUAGCUCCCAGCAGUCCUGUAAUUUUCGAUGUCACUUUGGAGUAUGUUCCAGGCCUAGACAAUGAGUAAACCUUGUGCUUCCAGUUCGAUCCACUUGUUCAAAGGAGUUAAAGAAAUGAGCUUGGAGAGCUUAAAUUUUUUUAAUCUGUAAGUUAUAUAAAGAUAUAAAAUAUGUGGGAAUAUUUCUUUCUCAUUUAAAUAUCCUACAAUUCUUCAUCUUUUUAUUCA